AUGAAGGCAGCCAAAACAGUUCGUAUUCAUAUCAAUACGAAUGAUCAACCGCGUCCAGUCAUAUUCAAUUAUCGACAACUCUAUAAGCGUGAACUCAAAAGACAAGAAUCCCAUGAGGAUCUUCCACCUCUUAACACGCCAGACGACUUGUUUUAUCAAGAACUGUUAAAGAAAGCAGAAAACUAUGCCAUGGAUGAAGAAGAAGACGAUGACAAUGACGACGAUGAAGAAAACGCGACAGAAUCGAAAAAACAAGUUGGCAAUGAUUAUGACUUUGAAGAUCCCUUUAUUGAUGACAGUGAAAUGUUGUUGGAUGAACCUCAAGAAUACAGUGUGCCUGAAUUUGAUGGAUUCUUUGUUUAUCAUGGUCCUUUAGAUGGGCAUGAUGGCCAUGAAGGAGAAAAGAAGACAACGACAACAACCAAACGAAAAGCACCUGCUAAAUCAAAACCUUCUAUUUCAUCGUCUGCAGCUUCUCACAAGAAACCAACAACAUCUAUUACGCCAUCCACAACAAAUACUAUGGCUACACCUACUACACCUACUACUACUAUUACUACUAUUACUACUACUACUACUACCAACACCACGGCUACUCCAAGUAGUCAUCCUGCUACAGAUAAACGUAAAAAGACAGACGAACAAGAUGAAAACAAAAAGACAAAACCAGUCAAGAAACCAAGCGCUUCUCAACCUGCCAAGACAGAAGCAAAGCUUAAACCAAGUACCAGUACAAGCAGUAGCAGUGCACCUCUGAAGAAAGUAGCAAGUGUAACAGAACAACCUCCCAAAAAGAAAAAGAAAGUUGAAAAUAAAGAAGAACCAAGUGAACCUGUAGAUAAAAAGAAGAAAUCGAAUGUAUCUCUUGAACUUAAACCACUGGAUCCAGAGAUUGAAGCCUUGAUGGAUAAACUAAGACAUGAUGUUCAAUUCGAGACAUUUGAAAACAAGGCUAAAUUUCCAUUGACAUUGAAGCCUACUGUAUUGGAAGCAGGUCUUGUUGCUUUACGUAAACACAAGACGAUUGACGAAAACCUUGUUCAACAUCUCAUGAAAAUCUUGCCUUAUAAUCGAUUCACACUCAAGAAAUUCCUUACGACCAAGUCAGGGCAGAUGAGAGUGGAUGAAUUACAACAGGAAAUUGAUGAAUUAGCCAUCUUGUUAAAGCACACCAUUGACCGAAUGAUGCCUGAACAACAAAGACUGUUUCAUGAGAAAUUGGCCCAAUCACAAGAGCCUUCUAAGCCAGAAGAAGAAGAAUCAACCCCUACACCCAAGUUCAAAUGCAAUGAUGAAGUAAGAAAGAUUCUUUAUGAUAUUAUACAGACAGAAGAACAAUCAAUACAUAUUGCCAAUCAAGUAGCAUUACACAAGGACCCUGAAAAGAAACAAGAAGGACUUGCUUCUGAUGGUAAAGCAAGAAAACUCAUGUAUCAAAGACUUUUGUCUUGUUGGCCAGAAGGUUGGAUGAACUCGUAUGAAAUGAGUCGACAAUACAGCCAAUAUAAAUCCAAAUUAGCACAAGCAUCUGAUAAGAAGACAGUGUCUGUAGACAAAAAGAGAAAAAGAGCAGAAGAAACACCACGCUGUAAGUUGGGUUGA